AAUGGCGGCAGAACUGCAAUGUUUUUAUAUCGAGAGAUGUAGAGGAAAUCCCUUCAUAUUAUCUCACAACUCGUAUUUGAUGGAAAUUUUUAUUUGACGCUGAUUCUUGAUUCCAGUAUGUCUUCUAUCACUCUCUGGGUGAAGCCGGACGCCUUUGAUUUCGGAGCAAUUCAUGCGCCAUUGCCUCCAAAACUGACUUUGCACAACUUGUACAAGCUGUCCAUUUAUGCAAGAAACAAAGGAGAAGCAGGAUACCCUCAGCUGAGUUACCCUGUGUGGAAGCAUGUCGCCUGCAACAAGUUACAGAUGUCUGAGGAUCUGGCAUGGCUAUACUUUGAAACCUUUGACAUGCUUUGUGGCUCAAGUUUUAAAGAGCAUUCAAGAUGGAAUGAAAUAUUUUCUCAAUGCAAAAGUUUGGAAGAAAUAGAUCAUUUGAGAUCUCAAGGCUCAGUGAGAACAUUGCAGUUCAUUCUAUUUCUGUAUAUUCAACAAAUUCACAAGAUAUCUUUUAAGGCUUCUCUGGUCCUGGGAGGAGAAGAAUGGCCAACACGUUCACGAUCACCAGAUUUGGAAAAAAAAGGAUCUGUUGCAGUUAAGAGCCUUGAUGAGCAUGAUCACAUGAUGUUUGUACUACAUCAUUUGAAUGACAUUUUGGAACUCUUGAUGGAACCGGAGUCCAGUGGAAUAGGCAGUGGUAGUGAAGCCUGUCUUACUGUUGAGGCUCUUGAUGCUCUUGGGUUUCUCAUCACAGGAUCUAUUGAUAGGAAAAACAUUCAGCCACUACAUGAAUUAGCUCGUCUUCAAUCAGAAAGACCAAAGUGCGGUUAUUCAAAGAUCUCCAGAAAAUUCUCUUUCCGCCAACUUCAGUCAUGGUUGAGGUCCAAUCUUCAAGUAAAUCCAUUUGGAGUGUCUGCCAUCCUUGCUCAGGGAUUUAAACAACAUGAAUUACAAAUACAAAAUUUUCUAAGCCUCAGUGACACAUUUGAUGAUCACAGUCUCCUGCGACAUCAGGAAUCAGAACAUAGUACUGCUGGCAAAGAACCAUCCACAAAUAGAAGUCGCAUCAUGAGCAAUAUAAGCCAUGCUCCACCAGAGCAAAGAUUUCUUAUUCUGUCUCAAGUUUGCAAACAAACUGUUGCAAAGGCCAAUGACUCCUAUUCAGGAAGUACUGUAAAAAUUCAUAGAUGCCAUUAUUCCUACAUAUAUAUCUUAUGCCCUUUGAGGGCUGUUACUGUAGAAAACUGUCACAACUCCACAAUUGUUCUUGGGGUGGCAAACACAGCUGUUAAUAUCAUUGGUUGCUGUAAUUGUACGUUCUAUGUCGUCUGUGAAAGAAUCUCAUUCAGUGGCUGUAGUGACUGUUCUUUUCAUCUUUGCACGCCGACCAAACCAGUUAUUCUUCCAGGAAAUGAAAAGUUAGUUCUUGCGCCAUAUCACACUUACUACCCUACCCUGGAAGAACAUUUACGUGGCCCCUGGGGGAUUCCCAUUGAGCCAAACUUGUGGAAUGAUCCUCUUGUACUUGCAUCUGAUCGAGGUGAAGGCUCAUCACCCGUAUAUCGUGAACUGUCGCCCACAGACUUUUUCACGUUCACAAUUCCGUUCUCUAUGAAGGGAUCUACAGAUGGACCACCGAUUCCUCUUCCGAAAAAAUACGAGAAAGCUUUGAAAGACAGAGAAAGAGCUAUUAAUAACUGGUAUCAAUUGGUAAAAACAUCAUCACUCACUAAACCGCAGAGGAGACAGCUACAAAAGGAUGUACAAGAUAGAUUCCAGGAAUGGCUGGCGGAAAGUGGACACGCCACUCAAUUAAAUGGUCUUGUACCUCCCCAUUCAGGAAAGUCUUGAGAAAUCAAGGAAACUGGCAAUUUGUUGGUAACAGAAUUAAAUAUUUUAGGCAAGGAAGUUAAGAAUUCACCGCCUCAGUCAAGAAAACCAUCAGAUCUGAACCGGAGAGAUUAAUAUGAUGGUUCCCAUACAACUCUGGUGGAGUGAAUGGUUUAGCUAUGACUACAUUCAUGUAGCAGCAGAGAAGUGGAAUCCAUCUAUGAUGGCCAGCCUCAAGAUUUUUUAUGGCAUUCAUACAAGAGCACUCAAAACAGAGCUCAAAACAUAUCUGAGCAUCUGUAUGCUUCAAGUUACCACGACGAACAUUGAAACCAUACUUCUUGUAACAGGAAUUGUAGCUAGAUAGGAUUAAACAUUUAUAACACGUUUAUUGUGCGAAGUCGUUUCCGUCUUGACUCAAACGAGUUUAUAACAAGAACCGGCGGAAAAUGGAGACUUGCCAUUAUGGGUUGAUAAUUUCGAUUAAGAAAAAAACACAGCUUGGUUGUUAUCGGUGUCAGUCGCCCGCCAAUUUAAGGCCUUCGUUUGCAUUUGCAGACCCAUAUGGAAAGUGUGAUUAGAAAUUGAACGUCGGUUAUGUAACAGAAAUAAGGAUAUCAGUUGAAAAAGAUAAGUUAUUCUUUGUUUAAUGAAUGUAAUGAGGAACGUCACAUAACUGAUAAAGAAAAAAAGAAAUCUUCAAACUAU